AUGCCAUCGACUUUCAGGUCCUCGCGCUCGGGGCGACACCUCGACGGCCCUAACCGCACCCGAACUGGCCAAAUCGACCACGAUGUCUUCGAGGGAUUGCCCGUCCGUCGCUGGUCGAAACAGCCACACACCUACUCCCAGGCACCCAAGGCCAUCGACGACUCAGAUUUCGGAGUCCAGGGCCCUGGAGGCCCAGUUCUCCCGGAGCUACCCAUGCCGCGCGACAGCGACCUUUUGCCUGCGGUUAGCAAAGCAUUGCUGCGCGCUGCGCGUGCAGGAUGCAUCUACAUUCGCCAGAAUACCACAGCCGCCGACAAGGAAGACAAUGACACCAGCAAAACCGAUGAUCAGGUUGCGGGCGUCCAAAUGGCCGAUCGCAGCUUCACCAGUCGCAAGUGGUUGACUCUUCCCAAGCAUAUGGAGCCGCCGGAGGCGGAAUUCCUUGCUAAGCGACGUCCUGGGCUAUCCUCGUUGUACGGUGGUUCCGCAGUCGAUGGAAGCUCGGGAUCUCUCCCCAUGAGGCGAACUAAGUUCAAGAAGGUUGACCCGCAGACUGGUAACAUUUCUAUUUACGAAGCCUGGGUGCCUGAGGGGCAUCGCAUUGAAGGAGAGGUCACUGGAGAUGUUCAAACUAUUGCCCAGCAAAGCUCGGUUCCCGUGAAGCCUGAGACGCCUGCUCCCGGGACCAUCGUGGAGGGCGUUGGAAUCGUCAACUCGGAAGGUGUCGUGGUUGCAGAGGCUGGUUCGGCUGCUGUGCUGGAACCGCCUAAGCGACGACCGCCUCCUCCCAAACGCAAGAGUAAGGGUAUUGGCAAGGGCCGGAAGAAGAAGGUUAUGUUCGCUCCAGGAGAGGGCGCCGAUGCGGCUACAGUGCACGGCGUUGCCUCUGGCACUGAGGGCGGCGCUCCUGGUUCCCAGGAGGGACAGGAUGGCUCUCGAAUGUCAGUUGAUCAGUCUGGUCAAGAUGAUGACGAUGAGGAGGGUGAUGAAAGCGACGAGGGAGACGAGUCCAUGGUAGAUGCGAAAACCCCAGAAACUCCUGGAGGCCAAUCUGUUGCCGAAUCUACACCCCAACCUUCGGCUGAUACCCCGGCCGAAUCAAAAGACGUCGAUAUGACAGACGCCGCCCCUGAACCACAACCUCCUGCUUCGGAAUCAGCGGAAGCCGGUCAGGAACUUCUGUCGCAGCCAUCAGCAGGCCCUUCGGAAACUCCUCAGAACGAUGCGGAUAUCUCUGCUUCUGUUUCUGCGACACCUGGCUUGCUUACGGAGAACAGCGAGGAGCCUACUACCGAGCAGCCAGUUCCAACGACUAUGGAGACUGCAGGCGAGGUAGCACCUAUAGAAGAAUUCGAAGUUCCCGAGCCAGCCUCGAUUCCUGCUGCAGACAGCGCCGCGGAGCCUUCCGCAGAUGAGACUCCUGCCCAAGAGGCGUCUCAGCUCUCAGCCAGCGAAGUCAAGGACGAAGCUCAAUUCGAGGGAAUUGAUGAGAAUUCCUUGGCUUCUCCGUCUACCGACCUCGAGAAGCCUGUCGAUGAACCAUCAGAGCCCGCAGAGGAGGCGGAGCCUGAGCAGCCGAGAGAUGUAUCGGAACAGGCAACAGAAACCAAGCCUGUUGAAGAGCCGGCCCAGCCGCCAGCGGAGGUGCAAUCCGAAAACGCCCUUGCUACAGAGGGUACUGAGGGCAAGGAAUCAGAUCCUUCGGAGACGGAUGUCGGCGCCUCUGAAGCUAAGGAGGAAGUGGAAAUGGGCGAUGCACCUGCACCACUGGAGGCGCCACAAGCCGAGCCCCCGACAGCUCAGUCUCCUGUCAAAUCAGCAUCCCCUAUACCGCCAGCAGCGGCCGAGCCUCAGCCCGCGACUGAAGCCCUCGAACCCGCCCUCGGCACCGAAGAGACAGCCCCUGUCGAGGCCGAGGCAGAACCAGAGGUUCCAGAACCCUCUACCGAGGUCGAGCAGGAAGAAGCACCUGCCCCUGAGCCCGCACAGACAGAGCCCGCAUCAGAGGAGAAGAAGGAUGAACCCGAGGCGCCUCCUGCGGAAUCUACAUAA